CCAAGUUAUCACAGAACUAUUUCUAAACCAUCUGAUAUUUGCAUAAGGUGAGCUGUAGCGGUUGAGCUUUCAUCUUUCGCUCUGAUCAGUCUGAUUUUACUUUGGCGUGUUUGUAUGAGCCGCCCAGGGAAGCUGAGCUGCAAGGAUUUGGCCUCCCUUGUUCCGGGGCUCGUUUAUGACAUCCACGCCAGGGUUUAAAGCAGGGCCACCUAGACACAGCCUCCAGGCCAGCCUUUUGCUGCCUGUUUGCGGUGAUUUGGGAUUUGUGGAAUGGGAAGUGCAGAGCUCCGGGACAGGAUGUGGAGUCACUGCAGGAUCGUACAGCCCCCCUAUUCUUGACAGAGCUGGCGUGCGUCUGCAUGAGCACCUCGUCUCUGCCGAAGAUCCACUGUAGAACCGGAUCGCUUUGUGGCCUCUGGAAACCUCAGUGUUCCCGAGCCCUCUACUUAAGAGUAAAUCUAAACCCAGAUUCAGGUGAUGGCUCACCUCUGGACUCUCCUGUCAGCAGGCCUGCUGCUGAUGUCCGUGGCUGAACCUCUGAGCAGCCCUCAGGAAAAUGACAACAAGUUAGUGAAACACACAGUGUUCACUAAGAGCCAGACCCAGGUGAACGAGAGUGCACUCAGAAAUGUCAGUGAACCAACACCAAGCCACACACCUACAACCUCAGCUCCUUUGACCACCACAACUUCCCCAAACUCUAGCCUUGCUCCACAGUGUCCAGGAAACCAGCUGAUGCAUGAGAGCAGCAAUGUCUGCAUCUGUCCAUCCAUCAUGGUAAAGGAUGGUGACAACUGUACUUGCCCCAAGGGCUUCACCUUGGAAGGAGCAGCCGAGUGUAAAGAUGUUGAUGAGUGCGAAGGAGAGAGACCAGGACCAUGUGACCUCCAUGCCAGCUGCAUUAAUAACCCCGGCUCUUACUCGUGUAGCUGUCUCCGUGGUUACCUGAUGGGUUCUGACGGGUGCCAGGAUGUUGAUGAGUGCGCUUUGGCCGCUGUGACAGGCCUGCAGGCCUGUCAAGGCAAGGCUGAGUGCAAAAACACACCUGGCUCCUUCACCUGUUCGUGCCAUGAGGGAUAUGUAAUGGCUACAAAUGGGCGAGGCUGUGUAGAUGUGGAUGAGUGCGGCUUUGAGGAGCUGUGUCGCCGCGAGCUGGGAAAUGUGUGCGUUAACACUCCUGGCAGCUUUUCAUGCCAGUGCCAGCUGGGCUUCAGAGCAGAGACUGCUGCCUGUGUCGAUGUGGAUGAAUGUAUAGAGAGUCCCGUGGCGUGUGAUGGACGGAGCGUAUGUGAGAACACGCUUGGGAGCUACGAGUGUGUUUGUCGACCGGGUUACCGGGGAAACGGCACACACUGUGAAGAUGAGAAUGAGUGUGUAUCUGGUGGUCACACGUGUGACGCCAACGCUCGGUGCGGUAACAUCAUCGGGUCGUAUUUCUGUCAGUGUUACCAGGGCUUCAACGGCGAUGGACACUCUUGUUUUGACAUUGACGAGUGUGUUGUGAACAAUGGUCGCUGUGAACACAACUGCACCAAUGAGCCAGGAAGCUACAGCUGCCAGUGUGCCUCGGGUUACCAGCUGGACCUGGACAGACACAGCUGCACAGAUGUGGAUGAGUGUGUGGGACUAAAUGGGACUUGCGAGCACAUUUGCAUCAAUACUCAGGGCUCUUUCCACUGCUCCUGCAGACCCGGCUACCAGCUGCAUAUUGAUGGCCACACCUGCGUGGACAUCGAUGAAUGUAAACUCCAGAAUGGCUGCUGUUCCCACACCUGCACUAAUUCUCCAGGGGGACAUACUUGCCAUUGCCCCCCUCCUCUGCUGUUAGACAUAGACAACCUAAACUGCAGGAAUGCUACAUCCUGUAAGCUGAGAAACGGUGGUUGUGACCAUAUGUGCACUGUAAGGGCUGAGGGCCAUGUUCAGUGCAGCUGUCAAGCUGGCUGGCAAUUGGACGAAGACGCGAGGAGCUGUGUGGAUGUGAACGAGUGUGAGGACUUCACUAAUGGAGGCUGCGAGCAGCUGUGUGUGAACCAUCCUGGUGGGUUUAACUGCACCUGCAAGGAGGGCUAUAUAGUUAGAAAAGAUGACCCCACCAAGUGCCAGCCUGUGUGCGACCCCCCUUGUCAGAACUAUGGAGUGUGUGUUGCCCCGAACAUUU